CACGCGCGCCUGAAUAGUGAACGGUGACGUACUCACUUCCCCGUUAGCCGUAGUUCUAAUCGGCCAGUCGCGUUGACCUCCGCUAGUUGAUUCCUGCUUGAAUACCUAGGCAUCAAACAAGUGUAGUGCACUUCCUACCGUCGUUGUUCGCCUGUCAAUAAUGGAUCUCUCCCAUCAGUAGAAGCGUCUUUUGUGGAAAGAAGUUUUCCUCAUGUAAUAAAUGUCUAAACUUGACCUCGAAAGUGUGCUCGGUGGAAAUGUUCCUAACAAAAAACUCAGCGCUCAUUGCUAGUGUUUGGUUUCGACAGCCUUGUCCUUGCGUAAUAACAGCAGUAAAUUCGGGACUCAAUGGAGCGGCUAUCAGUAUCCGAAGGUGGAUGGCCUCCGGGUCAAAGGGACCGGUCGAGACGUUGCGGGAAAAGCUGGUGCGUAAGGAAAUUCGACCGGAUGCGCACCAGGAAAAGAUCACCGGGGCGCUGCAGAUUGUGUAUGACAACAUCCAGGGCUACGAGCCACCCAAACCGGCCAGCGGUCUGGCAAAAUGGUUUUCGAGCGGGGCGAGGAAAGCUGAUGCUCCCAAGGGCCUGUACAUCUACGGCAGUGUGGGUGGAGGAAAAACCAUGCUGAUGGACAUGUUCUACGAUUGCUGUGAGGUUGACCGGAAGCGAAGAGUGCAUUUCAAUUCGUUCAUGACCGACGUCCACAAGAAGGUGCACGAGAUCAAAUCCAAACAGGUCCGGGACGCCAGCAACAACAAACCGCAACCCUUCGAUCCGAUUAAACCGGUCGCCGAAAUCAUCACCAACGAUUCCUGGCUGAUAUGCUUUGACGAGUUCCAGGUCACCGACAUAGCCGAUGCGAUGAUCCUCAAAAGAUUGUUCACAUACCUGUUUGAUAGUGGCGUCAUCGUGGUGGCCACCAGCAAUCGAGCCCCGGAUGAUCUGUACAAGAACGGACUGCAGCGGAGUAAUUUCGUUCCAUUCAUAGGCGUUUUAAAAAGCCAUUGCGAUGUCAUUACGUUGGACAGUGGAGUAGAUUAUCGAACGGCGACGCUCAAGGGUGAAGGAGCGCAUUACUUUGUGAAAUCGAAAGUCGAUGCUGAUGCAGCACUAGAUAAGGUAUUCAAAGUAUUAUGUAGCCAGGAAAACGACAUGAUCCGCCCGAAGACGUUCACCCAUUUCGGUCGUAACGUUUCGUUUGCCAAAACAUGUGGCCAGGUGCUGGAUAGCACGUUCGAAGAACUUUGUGAUAGACCAAUCGGUGCAUCGGAUUACAUUCAGAUAGCACAAUACUUCCACACCGUACUGAUACGAGAUGUUCCGCAACUGAACUUGAAACUGAAAUCGCAAACACGCCGUUUCAUCACGUUGAUCGACACAUUGUACGACAAUCGUGUGAGGAUUGUUGUUUCAUCGGACAUGCCGUACAAGCAACUGUUUUCGAACGAAAAACCAACGGACAUUCACACCUCGGACGAACACCGGAUGCUUAUGGACGACCUAAAAAUUACCAAGGAUUCUGGCGACGCCAGUUCCAACAUUUUUACCGGCGACGAGGAGGCAUUCGCUUUCGAGCGUACGGUUUCCCGUCUGGCGGAAAUGCAAACUGCCGAAUACUGGUCCUUGUGGGAGAAACACAGAUAAGAGAGGCUGUACAGAAGCAGUACUUAUUUAUUGUACGAAAUGUGCCUAACCCGAGGUACACAAGCUGGCUUGAGGUGUCAGAUUAGCUAAAUGAAGGCUUUCGUGGGAGCUUAGUCACGCACACGGGUCCUACCUGUUCAAUG